UUUCAAUUGAAGAGGGAAGGUUUUGUCCCCUUCCUUCGUCCUGGGUUGCCUUACUUCUCACUGAAUCCUAGUAUCUGAAUCAAGUCAUUGUGCAACAAAAGAGAGAGCCGGCGUUUCGUGCUGCCUCGACACACACCAGCAGCAAAAUGGCAUCAACGAACGCCGCAGCUCGAUUGCUGCACAGCAAUGACCCGGUCCACUCUGAGAUCGCGGGCUUCUGCCAAAAUCAAGUCACGACGACAAAGUACACGGCGCUGACGUUCCUCCCGCAAAACUUGUUUGAGCAGUUCCACCGCUUUGCCAACUGCUACUUUUUGGCAAUGGUCAUUCUGGCGUUCAUUCCGGCCACACAGGCCGUCAAUCCGUCGACGGCAGCGUUGCCGUUGCUGUUUGUGCUCACCACGUCUGCAAUCAAGGACGCCGUGGAAGACUACAAACGCCGGAAGAGCGAUCUUCAAGUCAACUACUCUGUCACCACGCGCGUUGUCUGCAAAGAACGGCCACUCACGCGAGAGGAGCAGCAGGCCAUGGCUCGCUUGCAUCCGCUGUCGUUCUUGACGCAACCGCUGAUGCGCUGCUUUGAUGCGCUUGUUGCUCGCUGCCUCGCGAGCCGCCAGCAACGGGAGAAGAUUAUUCGUGAGUAUGAGGCCACCCACGGCACACUUGACGGCAAGCCAAGCGAUGAGAAGCAUCGGCCCUCGCCGUCCACAAAGCAAGCAAACAACCAAGGAGGUCAAUUCACCGAGCUGUCGUCCGACGAAUCGUCCGACCGCUCCGUGUCGUCCGCCUCGUCUGUCUCUGCGUCGUCGCAAAUGCCGGACAUUGGUGGCGGUCGUGCAGACCAACUGCCAGCCAACCAUUCGAACGGACGACUGCUUGAGCGCGUGCUUUGGCAGGAGCUGCGGGUUGGCGACAUUGUGCGACUUGUUGAUGGUGAUGCCAUUCCAGCGGAUGUCGUCCUGAUCGGCACAUCGGAUCCGCAAAACCUCUGCUACGUUGACACCGCCAGCAUGGAUGGCGAGACCAACCUCAAGCCCAAGGAAGCGUUGGCGCUGACUCGGGGCCGCUGCGCGUCUGCGCAAGGAUGUGUGUCACUGGCCGCUCGCGUCCAGUGCGAGAGCCCCAACAACAACUUGUUUCGGUUCCAGGGGUCUAUGGCGUUUGCAGAGGACAAUUUCGCCCAAACAGAUCCGAUCGGCAUUCAAAACGUGCUAUUUCGCAGCUGCAUCCUGCGCAACACGGAUUACAUUUACGGCCUUGUUGUCUAUGCAGGGCACGACACAAAAGUUCUGCAGAAUAGCUCUCGAGGCCGCUUCAAGCGCACCAAGAUGGACAAGAUGAUGAACAAGGAAAUUAUCUUUGUUUUCGUCAUUUUGAUCUUGUUCUGCCUUAUCGGCGCCAUUUUGUCGGCGGUGAACGGCAUCAGUCCUCCAGAAACGCAUUGGUACCUGUACUUUCCCACCAACAGGUAUCUCAGUGCCUUCAUCAACUUUUGGUCGUUUGCGCUGAUUCUGCAGUCGCUCGUGCCCAUCUCUCUCUAUGUGACUGUCGAGAUGGUCAAGCUCGUGCAAGCUCUAUUUAUCAGUCAGGAUUUAGACAUGUACUGGGCUGCAACCGAUACGCCUGCUUGGGCGCGCACCUCUGCCUUGAGCGAAGAGCUUGGGCAGCUCGAGUACAUUUUUUCCGACAAGACUGGCACAUUAACUCAGAAUAGGAUGGUGUUCCAUGGGUGCAGUGUAAAUGGCGUCAUUUACGGUGCCGGCUCGACAUCCAAAACUCAACCAGUCACAUCAAACUCGCCGUACUCGCAACCAAUGCAGUACCACGACGCUGCCAUGAUUCGUCAACGGCUCGUUGACAAGCAUUUGAUUGCAUUCUGGGAACACCUGGCAUUGUGCCACACAGUCAUGGCCGAGUACAAGGAGGCGGAUAAGACUCGACCUCAGCGACUGCCAGAAACCUUGAGCUACCAGGCCCAGUCGCCAGACGAAGCGUGCCUUGUCGCUGCCGCCAGGGACUUUGGCUUUGCAUUUGUGGAUCGCACCAUGAAUGUGGUCAAAAUCAACAUUGACGGGCAAGAUCGCUUCUACGAUGUGCUGAAUGUUCUCGAGUUCAAUUCAGACCGCAAGCGCAUGUCGGUGAUUAUUCGCACCCGCGACACCAAUGAAAUCAAGCUGCUGCUCAAGGGAGCCGAUGACGUCGUCAUCCCCCUGCUGGCACCGCUGGCCAAGUCGGCUCUUCCGGCAUUUUUGACGGUGCCUGGGGCCGAAAAGAAGGAAGGUGGCGCGUUGUCAGCUCGAGACCUGCUCGACGCCACGCGCACCCACCUCGAUAACUUUGCCAAACGAGGCCUUCGGACACUUUGUCUCGCAUGGAAGCCACUCACUGAGGACGAGUGGCGGGCAUUUGAUGCCAAGUUUAGCGCGGCCGCCAUCUCAAAGGAAGACCGAGAGCAGGCCAUUGCCGAGGUGAGCGCGAGCAUUGAGAAUGGCUUGCAGCUCGUCGGCGCCACGGCCGUGGACGACAAGCUGCAAGACCAUGUUGCCGACACGAUCGCCGUGCUCGCGAGGGGAGGAAUCAAGCUGUGGAUGCUCACGGGUGACAAGCAAGAAACCGCCAUCAACAUUGGCUUUUCGUGCAAGAUUUUCCGCCGAGGCAUGCAGGUGCUGAUUCUCAAUGCGACCGACGCCGAGUCGACGCAAGCUCGGAUCACAGAGCUGCUUGGGUUUGUAACCGCCGACUUGGCCGCGGGCACGGCUUCCGACAAGGACAGCCCGUUGAAUGAGGCAGCAUCGACAGAUCCGUCGAUCGCCUUUAGCACUUCGCAAGAUCCCCUCACAAAAUCUGCAAGUGACCCCAUGAGCCAAGUGGCGCGCGAUCGCAUUUCGACCAUCAUCCCUGGCGCCAUCACGGCGUCCGCCUACAGCACAGGCAGCCACUCGUCGGGUGACCAUCCGUUUGGCGCAAGUGCCAGCACGUCGUCGGCAGGAGAUCCCAGCCGCAUGAACAAUUCCAACCCCGACGGCCGUCCUGUCUUUGGACUCGUUGUCAACGGCGCCACCCUGGUGCACUCGCUCUCGCCCGAGUUGAAAGACCAAUUCCUCAGUUUGGCCAAACAAUGCGCCUCGGUGGUGUGCUGCCGCUGCUCGCCGCUCCAGAAAGCCUCGGUGGUGGAUUUAGUGCGCAAGGGUCUCGGUACCAUCACGCUUGCCAUUGGUGAUGGUGCUAACGACGUUAGCAUGAUCAAGGCGGCCAACAUUGGCGUUGGCAUCAGCGGCAACGAAGGCAUGCAGGCGGUCAUGGCCAGCGACUACGCCAUUGCCCAGUUUUCCUUUUUACGCAAGCUGCUGCUGGUCCACGGUGUGUGGUCGUACCAUCGCAUCACGUGGCUCGUCCUCUACUUUUUCUACAAAAACUACGCGUACAUUUUGGUCAACUUUUGGUUUAACACGACCGCUGGCUUUUCGGCCCAGACCGUCUACGAGUACACGUACAUCAUGUUCUUCAACCUGGCCUUCACUUCGCUACCCCCGAUCGUUCUGGCGGUUUUUGAGCAGCCUGUGAAGGCGCGCGCGGCCAUGCUCUUCCCCGAGCUCUACUUGCAAGGAAUGCGAAACGAACUGUUCAACAAGAAGCAGUUCUGGCUAACCAUCCUCGACGCAACGUAUCAGUCCUUGAUUUGCUACUUGAUUCCGCGAUUCGCGAUCGCUGUCGCUCCCACUGGGCAGCAGUACGACAUGUGGUCACUCGGCACCGUCUGCUACACGACGCUUGUUGUGUUGGUCAACCUGCGUUUAGCCCUCGACACGCACAUGUGGACCAAGCUGAGCGCGGUGAUUUGCUCUGCCUCCGUCCUGCUGUGGUUUUUGUACAUGCUCGUGUACAUGAACGUCCUCGCCAAGAUGAACUCUGUCUUUGGCGUCGUUUUCAUGCUCUGGCCCAACCCGACGUAUUGGUUUACGGUCAUCCUCUCGGUGACAACUGCCAUCAUGCCAUACGCCAUCAUCAAGUACGCAUACAGCAUCUUCAACCCGACCAACACGCAAGUGGUUCGAGAAAUGUACUUGCUUCGCACUGGGCGAUUCGAGCACGUCCCGCGCGACUCUGAUACAUGGCAGUACAGCGAGCCGGAAGAACCGUCCAACUCGAUACCCAUGGUCGAGCUGUCGUCGAGCUCGCAAGAUGCCAAGUCUUCUGGCCUAGAUCGUGAUAUCAGCACUGCAAGUACUGCGCCUCUCGUUGGCGCCCUCGGCAGCACCAAUGUUUGAGUUUCCGA